AUGGCGAGCCCCACUCUGAGCCCCGACUCCUCGUCGCACGAGGCCCUGUCAGCCCCCACGUGCUCGCCCACCUCUGACUCCGAGAACCUCAGCCCCGAUGAGCUGGAGCUGCUGGCCAAACUCGAAGAGCAGAACCGGCUCCUGGAGGCUGACUCCAAAUCCAUGCGCUCCAUGAAUGGCUCCCGGCGCAACAGCGGCUCCUCGCUGGUGUCCAGCUCCUCAGCCUCCUCCAACCUGAGCCACCUGGAAGAGGACACGUGGAUCCUGUGGGGCCGCAUCGCCAACGAAUGGGAGGAGUGGCGGCGCAGGAAGGAGAAGCUGCUCAAGGAGCUGAUUCGAAAGGGCAUCCCGCACCACUUCCGGGCCAUCGUGUGGCAGCUUCUGUGCAGCGCCACGGACAUGCCUGUCAAGAACCAGUACUCCGAGCUGCUCAAGAUGUCAUCACCCUGCGAGAAGCUGAUCCGCAGGGACAUCGCCCGCACCUACCCAGAGCAUGAGUUCUUCAAGGGCCAGGACAGCCUGGGUCAGGAGGUCCUCUUUAACGUCAUGAAGGCCUACUCCCUGGUGGACCGCGAGGUGGGCUACUGCCAGGGUAGCGCCUUUAUCGUGGGCCUGCUCCUCAUGCAGAUGCCCGAGGAGGAAGCGUUCUGUGUGUUCGUCCGACUGAUGCAGGAGUACCGCCUCCGGGAGCUCUUCAAGCCCAGCAUGGCUGAGCUGGGGCUCUGCAUCUACCAGUUCGAGUACAUGCUGCAGGAGCAGCUCCCGGACCUGAACACCCACUUCCGCUCCCAGAGCUUCCACACGUCCAUGUAUGCCUCAUCCUGGUUCCUCACGCUCUUCCUGACCACCUUCCCGCUGCCCGUGGCCACCCGCAUCUUCGACAUCUUCAUGUAUGAGGGCCUGGAGAUUGUGUUCCGGGUGGGCCUGGCCCUGCUGCAGGUGAACCAGAUGGAGCUGAUGCAGCUGGACAUGGAGGGGAUGUCCCAGUACUUCCAGAGGGUGAUUCCCCACCAGUUUGACAGCUGCCCGGACAAGCUGAUCCUCAAGGCCUACCAGAUCAAGUACAACCCCAAGAAGAUGAAGAGGCUGGAGAAGGAGUAUGCCGCCAUGAAGAGCAAGGAGAUGGAGGAACAGAUAGAGAUCAAAAGACUUCGGACGGAGAACCGGCUUCUGAAACAGCGAAUCGAGACCCUGGAGAAGGAGAGCGCUGCUCUGGCUGAUAGGUUAAUCCAGGGCCAGGUGACUCGGGCGCAGGAGGCCGAGGAGAACUACGUCAUCAAGCGGGAACUGGCGGUGGCGCGGCAGCAGUGCAGUUCCGCAGCCGAGGACCUGCAGAAGGCGCGGAGCACCAUCCGGCAGCUGCAGGAGCAGCAGAGGGAGGAGGGCCGUAUCCAGGGCCAGCUGAAUCACUCAGACUCGUCGCAGUACAUCCGCGAGCUUAAGGACCAGAUAGAGGAGCUGAAGGCCGAGGUGCGGCUGCUGAAGGGCCCGCCGCCCUUCGAGGACCCACUGGCCUUCGAUGGACUCAGCCUGGCGCGGCACCUGGAUGAGGACUCGCUGCCAUCCUCGGACGAGGAGCUGCUCGGCGUGGGCGUGGGCGCGGCACUGCAGGACGCGCUCUACCCGCUGUCCCCGCGCGACGCACGCUUCUUUCGCCAUCUGGAGCGGCCGGCCAAGGACAGCGAGGGCAGCUCAGACAGCGACGCUGACGAGCUGGCCACGCCCUAUAGCCAGGGCCUGGACAACUGA